AUGCGCUUCCUCACCACCAGUCUGUCUUUGGUGCUGGCAUCAACUGCCCUUGUCGCCGCUCAAAGCGUAACCAUCACAGCACCAAGCGGUAACGAGCAAUGCUCUUCUGUGCCACUCGUCCAAAGUUGCGUCUCAAUAAUGCAAAAGGGCCUCGACAAAUGCGCCUCAAGUGACUGGGACUGCAAGUGUUCAGGCGCAGCCAACAUUUUCGGCUGCUAUGCAGACUGCGUCGGCGAAGACCGCGUAUCCGCCGAACUCCUUAGCGAACACGACUGCCGCACCGCCAACGCAUACGACAAGGGACGAUCCACCGUUAAUGAUGUAUAUACAACUCCCAGUCCUAAUGCCAUUGAGGCUACGCCUACAGAUGCUACUACGACUGCUUCAGCUACGAGCACUAGUGAGCCGACUAAGUCUUGGGGUGAGGAGAAGGCGGCGCCGUCGAAGGGAGCUGCUGCGGCGAGGCCUGUUGGGAGUUGGUUGGCUCUUGUGGGAUUAGGGCUUGGUGUUGCAUUUUGA